AUGACUCACUUCCGCACCAAUAACAACAAGCGAGGAGGUGGCGGAACCAACAAUUAUUCAUCAUCAUCCUCUACUGCAACAAGUACGCAAAGGUUUUCCUCACAACAUCAUCAUCAUGAUUACUCAAAAGCACCUCCAACCAUACUGAAAAAUCAAAAUCGGGUAGAUCGUGCAAAUUCAAGCGGAAGUAACCGCUCAAAUGUUUCAUCCUCUUCAGUGGGAGGAGGCUAUCACUCUACUAGAAGCACAGGAGCAACAAACUAUUCAUCACAAACUCCCUCCUAUCGUAGUCAAAAUGAGGAAGAAGAAGAUUAUGAGGAAGAAGAAGAAGAUUUUAAUCAAGAUGAUGAUAAUGAGGAAGAUAACACUUUUGAGGAACGAAAAAAGUAUUCGGGUAUUCCUUCAGGCAGUAGUAAUCAGAGACCUUCACAAUUUCAAUCACAACAUGUCGCUACGAGUAGUACCAGCAAUGCCUCCUCUUCAUCCUCCUCACAGUAUUAUGGAUCAUCUCCCACUAAUCCUCAACACAAUCUUUCAUCGGGAAGUCAUGUAACUUCACCUAGAUCUAGUAACUUUUCACGGCCUCCAUCGCAUAGCGGUGGUGGCAGUGGCUCAUCAUCUUACUCUAGGAAUAAUACAAGCAACCGAUACCAUUCUACGCACUACAAUCCUUCUUCCACUAACUUGAUGAAUGUGAAAUAUCAUUGUGAAAAUAUUAGCCACCUAAAAAGUGGGUUAGAUCCAAUCACCCAAGUUUUAUUAAGCAAGAAGCCUUUACAUCAUAUUAUCGUUUUAUUUGGUGCAGAUUUACGAGUAAGAAAUUAUGCUCAACAAGUGCAAGAAACUUUUUUAGCUAAGGGAAUUAAUGUGUAUACACAAUUGGCUUGUUACACGAAAGAGACACCGACUUCAUCUGAGGACUAUGAAUUUAUCAAACCCGAUCACUUGCAAGAACUCAUAACCAACUCGGUUGCAGACUACGUUGCAGUUAUUGGUGAUAGAAAUAUGAAACACAGAACAUGUCAAGCAAAAAAGAAUGGAAAACUUGUAGAAGUGAGCGUUGAUGAAAGAGCGGAAGAAAUUUUACAAGACUGGGAAACAUCUUCUCCCCAUUCCGAUUUUCCAAUACUCGACUCGAUAUCUAACAUGAGAGAUAUCAGUGAUAUUACUACAGAACAAGUAUAUGAAUUGAUUGAAGCUUUUGCCAACAUACGGCAUAUUAAGGAUCGUGUGGAUAGAUUGCGAAAAAGUAUUAGUGAGUUGAGAGAUUGGAAAUCACCAAAAUCACAAAAAUCAAUUCAAACCAUAAUGGAUGAAAAGAUGUUAUCCAAACUUACGACGUGCAAUAAUGCAGCAAUCAAAUUACACAAGGACCUAAUUUCUGCUUUGGAAUAUAUUCAAGACUUACCAUGUAAUUCUGAGAGUAGUUCUGGUAUUUCCGUGCUGGAUCCAGAAGACGAGAGAGGUGUGUCUCUCAAUUCUAAGCAUUUAACUGUUUCAGGAGAGGAUAACAGCGAAGCACAAACUUCUGGUGGUGGAGAUGAUGAACUGAUCAUUGCAAUCAGCUCUUCCUUGAAAGAAUUAUUAAUUGAGAAGUGUAACGAAAUCAUUCCAACCAUUGAAAAGCUUGGAGAUCAAAUGUCUGAAAUUGCUGGAUCAUCGUCCCUCUGGAAUGCCUAUAUUAAGGAACAUCGUGAAGAACAAGAGAAAAUUAAGCAACGCAAAUUACAGCAACAAGCUUUGAAGAGCAGCAGCAUUUCUACAACUCCACCAACUCAUCUUCACAUUCCAACCAACACUUCUACUACUAGUAAUGUGAAUAGAAAACGCAACAACUCUACAAGUUCUACAAGCUCGAGUGGAUCCAUCUCAAGUUCAGGAAGUUCUAGCACCAAUCCACAAAAUGGUUGGAGCUGUCUUGAGUGUACUUAUGUGAAUAAGGCAUCUCUGACCCGAUGUAAAAUGUGCAACAAUCCAAAACCAAGUGAACCUGAGUGGAUAGAUGCUUCAUCUCAAAAGAAACCAGUCGUGAUGGCCUCAUCAAAGAGCAAAGCAACAACUACGUCUACAUCGAGUACAGUCUCUUCUGGUAGCAGCAGUAGCAGUAGCACCACUCAAAAAGUGGUUGUGGCUGCUUCAUCUUCUUCUAACACGUCUCCAGUCAUUGUAACACCAACAACUGCAACCUCAAUCACACCAUCCUCUAACCUUUUAUCCACUCCAACUAAUCCAUCACCAAUUCCAAAUCAAUCAUCGACUGCAAAAGCAUGGCAAACAAGUUCAACUCCUGUUACUGCUUCUUCGAACCUUACUGGAUUGCUCGGCAGUGGUAGUAGCAACAACACAAUGAUUAAUCAACAACCACAGCAGCUUCCCUCACAAUUUUUCCCUAAUUUGCCAUUCCCCAAUGGAUCACAACCAAGUGGAGGAAUUCUUGUUGGCCCUUUUGGAGGCCCAUUUGUUCCUGCAAUUCAAUAUCCUGGUAGCAUGAUGGUCGGUCUGGGAUUAAUGCCACCAACUAAUAGUAACUCUUUCCCACCAAUGGGUUUAGGUGUUCCUCCAUCGUCAUCGUCAUCAUUAAACCAAGCUCCUCCCAUGAAUAAUCCGACCUAUGAUCAGGAAUAUCCUUCACUCGAUCAGCUACACUCAAAAGGAGGCAAGAAAUCGUCGUCACAUCCAACAACUUCUAGUAGUAGUGCUACCAUUUCAAGCAAUGCCUCAUCGAAUACUUUUGGCUCAAACAUGCCAGUGGAUCUUCUUGUGGGAAGUGCAUUUUCAAGUAGUAGUAGUAGAGGAGCAUCUCCUCUUGUCAUGAAUUCUCCUAAAGUCAAGGAUUCGAGAAGUAACUUUGGUUUUCCUUCAUCACCCAUUUCAAGCCAGUCUGGAGACAGCAGUAGUGUCACAUCUCAGCAAUUUUCACAACUUCAUCUCUUUGAGAAUACUAACAUGUUAAAUCAGAAUACUAUGCCUUCGUCAAGAGGUUUUGGGUGGGAUGCCCUUCUUACUGGGGGAGCAAGCACUACAGGUGGCUCUUUUGGAAAUAUCAUGCCCAGCAACAGUGGCGCGAACGGACAUACACAGCAACUGAUCUCAUUUUCAGGAGGUUCCUACGGCUCGAGUCAUAAUCAGGAGGUUGCAACAUCUAUUACAGAUUCCUUGUUGUCAGAGGAGAGACCAACAUCCCCUCAACAAAAACCUUCAAAUUUCCCAGCAAGCCUUUUGAACAAUACCCUGCCAUCAAAUUCGUCGUCCUCUUCAUCGUCAUCACUCAACUUUACGAGUCUUUCAUGUUUUAAUACAACUGGAGACAGCAUGUGGACCAAUUCGGCAUUAUCAAAUUCCUCAUGGGGCUCCUCUGCUAAGGACUUUUCAUCGAGCUCUGCAUAUUCUUCAACGAAUCCAGCAGGUGCAUUUGCUACAAGUGGAGGUUUAGGAUUGACAAGUUUUCUUCCAAGUAGCAGCAGCACUGGUAGUGGAAGCAAUACUCUCAGCGGUAGCUCCAUCGGUAGUUUUUCAAAUUCAACAAAGAGUGCUUUUUCUCCUUUUGGUGAGAGCAGUGGCAUGAUUAGUAAUUCAAGAUCGACCUUAUCAUCGGCAUCAAAGAAUGUUCCUUCUUCUACAUAUUCCAACACGAUGAGUAGCACCACUACGAGUCAACCUUCCACAAGAAGAAUUCCUGUGAAUCAACCAUGUGUAGUUUGUGGACAAGAAUCAUUACUUGAAUGUACUAUUUGUGCAUCACUGAGAAGAAAAGGUGUCCAACUUGCUCCUACCUAUUUUUGUUCCACUGAACAUCAACAACUGGCAUGGAAAGAUCAUCAACAAAAAUGUCAUAACAUUAAUCCUCAACAAAGUCAAGCCGAUACUUCCCAUCUCACUCAAACCCCUUCUCCUUUUGGAAUAAAAUACUAUUAA